AUGUCAACAAUUGAAGAAUUAAAAUUUAUAUGGAAUUUUUUAUUUUCUGAUAUCACUUCACCAAAAAAUAAUAAAGAAAUAGAAGAUGAAAAAAAUUAUGAAGAAAAUAUAAAUUUACUAAAAAAAUUAAUGAAAACAGAAAAUAUAAAAUUUGAACAAAAAUAUAAUGCAAUAAAUAUAUUAGAUAAAUUAAAGGAGGUCGAGGAUGUUAGAUAUGAAGACAUUUUCAACGAAUAUGCAAAAAAUUUUUUAAAAUUUUUAAAAGAAUCAUUUGAAAAUGUAGCAGAAGAAAUUCAGAUAAAUGAUAAAAUAUCGUUUAGAAGAAAUGAAUUAAUAAAACAAGAUUUAAAUAACAAAUUACAAAAUUUAAAUAACAACUAUAAUUUAGAAUAUAUUAAUUUAAAUAAAUGCUUAGGAACAGAAGAUUUUGAAAAUCAAUUAAAUGCAAGUUUAAAAUUUAACUCAUUGAAAGAUAUCUUAAGUAAAUUAUUAAUAGAAAUGAAAGAAUAUGAAAAUCAGUAUUACAAUUUAUCUGAAACAGAUAAGUUUUUAGAUAUGAAAAUUUUUGAACUUGAAAGUUAUUUAAAUAAAAAUGAUGAAAAUUCAUAA